AUAAUAAUAAUGUGUUGCUGAUUAUAACAGCAGUUAUCAGACGGGCAGUUGCAGUGAGCGCUCCUCUCUCGGAUGAAGAUGGACCCUCCCACCGUGUGCGUCCUCCACACUCUGCUGUUGCUGAUGAUCCUGUCCCCGGUUGUCUCAGUCCCCUGUCCCCGGUCCUGCUCCUGCCCCCAGCCCUCUGAGCUCCACUGCACCUUCCGCUCCCUCACCACCUUCCCAGUCGCCGUCAGCAAACACGUGGAGCGCAUCAACCUGGGAUUCAACAGCAUUAAUAAGAUUACGGAGAAAUCGCUGGCUGGUCUGAGGAAGUUGGAGCUUCUGAUGGUGCACGGGAACGACAUCCACAGUUUACCCCACGGUGCGUUCAGGGACCUCGCCUCACUGCAGAUGUUGAAGAUGAGUUACAACAAGCUGACAGAGAUCGACAGACACACCUUUCAGGGUUUGUGGUCCUUGGCCCGGUUACACCUGGACCACAACCGACUGGAGUUCAUCCACCCGGACGCCUUCCAGGGCCUCACCUCCCUGCGGCUGCUGCAGCUGGAGGGCAACCGGCUCCAGCAGCUGCACCCCGCCACCUUCACCACCUUCACCCUGAUGGGACACUUCCUUGUGUCCACUCUGAGACACCUAUAUCUGUCAGACAACGGGCUCACAUCACUGUCCUCCAGGCUGUUGGCGACCAUGCCUCAGCUCGAGAACCUGUACCUCCAUGGGAACCCCUGGACAUGCGACUGCAACAUGAGGUGGUUCCAUGAGUGGGAGAAAAGCUCACCAGGAGUCUUGAAAUGUAAAAAGGACCGGGCUCUUCCAGGAGGCCAGCUGUGUCCCAUGUGCUCCUCUCCCAGGCAUCUUCUGAGAAAGGAGCUCCAAGAUUUGGAGAACCUGGUCUGCAGCAGCCCUAUCAUCAGCUCUCCUGACAGGGAUUCCCCACCUGAUGAUGUCGAUAGUGAGGUAACAACCAUGGAGGACUUCAGGGAACCAUUUGGAAACAUCUCUCUUGGCCUAUCGGACGAACAUGGAAACGAGGUGGAUCUAAAGUGUGUCGUUGGCGAGCCAAGAGAGCUUACCAAAAUCAACUGGGAGCAGAUUGACCAGCUCCAGCUAGCAUCCAACAUCACUUUGUCAGUGGAUCUCGAAUGCCCUGUUGAUAGAGAAAAGUACGAGCAACUAUGGAGGCUAAUCGCAUACUACAGCAGUGUCCCAGCCCACUUACAAAGGGGCGUUAUGCUCACAAAAGACCCUCAUCCAACCUAUGUGUACAGACAGGACUCUGACAAGGAUGCCCAGUACUACACAGGUGUUAAAGCUAACAUCAUGGCCCAGCCAGAGUGGCUGAUGCAAACAUCUGCAGACCUUCAACUGAAUAGACUUCAGUCAUCAGCCAAGAUGGUAAAACUGACCCUGAGCACGGACUUCUCAGAGACAGUGGAGACAGAGCUGGUGCGUAGACAGAGGAGGACAUGGGUUAUGAUCGAGUCAACGAACACGACCCGUAAAGUGUUGAGUGCUAUCCUGGGACGUCCCAGUCAAAUGGACUGUAACGUGCAAAGUUCUGACCAAGCAGUCAUCCACUGGAUGCUGCCAGAUGGCUCCAAGGUGGAGGCACCGUACAGCAGUGCAGACAACAGAGUGUCUGUGUCCAGUGAUGGACAACUGGUCUUUAAAGCUGUCAGCCAUACAGACACUGGAAUUUACUACUGCAUAGCAAAGGUUCAUGGAGACCUUGCUGUUUUGCCAUUUUAUCUGACAGUGCAGGAAUCCUCCAGCCCUCCACCAGGAGAGGAUGCCUCAACUGUCCAAGGAUUUGCAGGGAGUCCUAUUUCCCUGCCUUGCACGGCAUCUGGUUCCCCUGAUGCUGAAAUUAACUGGAUUCUACCAAACAGCAACAUAGUGGGUUUCCAAACCAACUCCUCCAGAGCUUUGGUUUAUUCCAACGGCACUUUACAUAUCCCACAGACUCAGCUACUGGACAAUGGUUUUUAUAGAUGCAUUGCCAUUAACCAACACGGUGUGGAUACACUGGCUACAAAAGUUACUCUGGUCCGCCGCAAAGGGCCGAUAAGGCCUCUCAGGAAGUUUCAAGUAAGACCUCAGUCAGCAUCAGGGAUCAACACGCAGAUAAAAGUCCAAACAGAGGAUGCAGAGGAGGCAUCAGGGGACUUUGAGGUUACUCAAGUGGGGCCUCCAAUGAGCCGCUUGGAUCCUUCAAGAAGGAGAUUCCCAGGAGGUGUGCCCCCUGGCAGGAGGGGCGUCCAUCCAUCAAGGAGCAUUUUGCGGAGGCCGGCGGUGAAUCGGAAACCAACAGUGUCACGUGUCGAAGACAGGAAGAAUGUAGUCGAGAACAGGAGAAAGAUUAAUAUGUCAAAGAGUAAAAUAGACCCGGAGAAAUGGGCGGAUAUUUUGGCAAAGAUUAGAGAUCGAAAUACUCAAAAUACUGUGACCCCACUCCCAGUUCAGCAUACAACUGAGGGAAAACCGUCAGAGCAGACAACACAGUCACAAGAUACUCCUGAGGGAUCAUCAGAUGGAAUGACUUUGCAGGAAAAAGAGGGUCAGGAUUAUUUCACAACGCAAACUCCAGCACAAUAUACACAAAUACAAAUGAACAAACACAACACACAAAGCCAAGGCACACAUGUGAAUUCUAAUAACUACAACACACAGGAUAUGACAUCAAGCAGUCAGCACACACACGGCAGAUCUGUUACAGCAGAGCCUCACACAAUAAAGACCGCGCACAAUGCACAGCACACAACCCAAGAUACAAACUUGGAUCUACACACAACUUCAAACAGUGUAUUUUUCCUCCCACAGACCACAUCUGUUCCCCUACACGCUGUCACUUUCUGGCAGGCUAACACAAACACUGCAAGCAGCAGGACUACAUUUUCUCAACAAGAAAGCCAUAGCACAAAUACAGAUGUCGAUGGAGUCAAAACAGCUGAUGAGUCCAAAGAGAGAAGGGAGAAUAUGGAUAGACCAAAAGUUGUUGCCAGCUCUAAUAAUGAUGGAGAACUCUCUUCAAGGGGAAGUCAAAUUAUCUCCUCGGUCAACCCCAAUGAAUCAGAGACAAGCCAAGAGGAAAGUGGAAAAUAUCUCAGCGCAACAACAUUGCAGCCAUAUACUCGGCCAAAGGACACAAAAUUUCCUGAUUUGCAAAGUCAAGCAAUGCUCACAACAGUUUCUCUAACUACUGCACCCAACGUAACCAGGAGGAGGGGCUCUGAAGGACCCCGACAACCCAACUCCAGGAGAAGGAAUGGGGGUCGGCGCAGAAGGCCAAACAGAAGGAAACAAAAGCCAAGUAAAUCCACCCAGUUUAUAGUCACCACACCUGCAAAUGAUCUCUUAGCAACAGUCACGACCACUGACUCCACACCGCUAAAAAUAGACCCAUUAGAAGUUACAACAGCCAAUUUCAAUACCACUGUUCCAUUCAGCAGCAGCCAAGCGGCGUCAUCAGGCAGACUGAGUCAUGAAGAGAGCACAGUCUCAGGGCUUGACGAUGAGGCCGCCACCAAACCGGCUUCUCCCAAUGAAACAAACGACAGCCAUCCAACCCCGGCCAAACCGCUAUUCAUAAGCACAUCAGCGGCACCAUCGUUUCCAACAACCUCUCCAGGAGUGGGUCACGGAAAGACAAGUUCUCAAACAGCCUUGGGAAUCUCAGAGAGUGUAUCUCCUCCGGAACGCUUGCUCACAUUAAACACUCAGCAGGGGUUUACGGGUAGUCCUCUUCCACCUGUUAAACCCUCAGAGGAGACACAAAGGGCAAGCGUUACAGGAGACCUUGGACCUACGCCACGCUCUGACAGUUCCUCAGAGGGUUCACUCAUUGUAACGCAAGUGCAAACAGAUGUCGGGGAGAAUCAAUCAGACCAUCAAUACACAGCAACGGAAAAGGGUGAAGAUGUCCUUUUGAGAGAGACUGACAUGGAUUUAUCACCGCUGCCAGCCCCAUUCGCCUCAGCUGCUUCCUUGAUCGAGCACGAAAUCGAGGAAACUUCCAGAUACAAUUCAAGUGGCUUCGUUACGACACUGAGCAUGCCUUUUCAGGGUGAUUUGGACACAGAACAGUUUACCACAAAUACACCUACAGUGCCUGAAAGGUCUUAUCAUAGUUCAAGUCAAAAUCAAACCACAAGCAGUGAGUCCGAGGUAGGUCAGCACUUCAACUUACGAAUCGGUGUCGAUGCAUCUUCCACGAGUAUUGUCAUCACAACUCCUCCUUAUACGACUUCUUCAAGGCCUGAUACUGUGAUCCCAUCUAGAGUAAUACCACAUACCACACUUCCCGAAACCACAGGAGCCAAAAUAGGCCCUACAUUGAAGGCCAACACUCAGGAGACCCCCAAGGUCAACAACCUUCCAGACAGUGAAGACCAAAAAAUCCAACCAAGUACCACAUCAGAUUCUGGAAGAACAUCAGUCGUCCAUCCUGUAACCCCGUCAGAUGAUCACAAACUGUCUCUAUUUAUUAGUCCAACUUCCUCAGCUCUAAAUGUGACCAGCGGGCAGACAAUCAAGCACACGACCACUCCAGCCCCAACAAUUACUGUAAUCCAAACCGAUCCAUUCAAAGGGGGACUCCUAACAAGCACUCAGGAUGUGCCCAGAAAGCACCAGCUACCUGGACGGGGAUCUGUUCCAAGAGGGAAGCCAAGGAUAACGAAGAGUAAUUUCCAGACUUUCAGUGUGGAAGCUGAAACAGAUGCUCAGCUUCCCUGUGAGCCGCAGGGUGAGCCAAUGCCCUUCCUGUCAUGGACUAAAGUUGCCAGUGGGGCAAGUAUUGCUCAGAACACCAGGGUCCAAAGGUUUGAGGUCUAUCCCAAUGGUACAUUAAUCAUAAGAAACACACAGCCCACAGACGGGGGCCAGUAUCUCUGCACAGUCCAGAACCAGUACGGCACGGACAAGAUGCUUGUCAACCUUGUGGUCUUGUCUCAGCACCCGCGGGUCCUCCAGCCUCGGCAUAGAGACAUAACUGUGCCUCUAGGAGGCCAAGUUGAUUUGGAGUGUAAUGUUGAGGGGCACCCUACACCUCGAGUCACGUGGGUGCUCCCUAACCAUGUCCACGUGGCUGCUGCCCAGUUUGGCGUCGCCCCUCAGCAGCGCGUGGCCUUCUUGAGUAAUGGAACGCUCCGGAUCAACCAGGCAACUCACGCAGACAGAGGGAUUUAUAAGUGCAUUGGCAGCAGUGCAGCUGGAGCCGACACAGUCUCAGUCCGCCUUUAUGUGUCGGUGUUGCCACCUGUGAUCCAGCAGACACAACAUGAGAACACCACCCUUCCAGAGGGCAGCACCGCCUACAUUCACUGCACCGCCACAGGUGCCCCUCAGCCUGUCAUUCGCUGGAUGACACCUGAUGGCGUACAGCUCACCGCUUCCCAGUUUGUGACUGGACGCAACCUUUUUGUCUUCCCCAAUGGGACCCUGUACAUACGGGGGUUUGGCCAAGGAAAUGCUGGAAGAUACGAAUGCUCAGCGAGUAACGCAGUGGCAUCCAGAAGGAGAACAGUUAUCUUAGGCAUAAGGAAGAAUCCCACCUCUGCCAAGGCCAGUAUCACGUCUUCGUCCCCCCAUAGAACAGAUGUGAUUUAUGGGGGGAGGCUGCUCCUCAACUGUGUGGCAACAGGAGGGCCGGAGCCAAGGAUCAUCUGGAGGACACCCUCUAAAAAGCUGGUGGAUGCUCAGUACAGUUUUGACCCCAGGAUCAAGGUCUUCCCCAAUGGCACUCUAACCGUUCAUUCAGUGACCAACAAGGACAGUGGUGACUACCUGUGUGUGGCACGUAACAAGUUGGGGGAUGAUUACGUUCUACUGCGGGUCGACGUGUUGACCAAGCCAGCCAAGAUUGAGCAGAAGCAGCAGAGGUCCAGUCAGGAGGUGGUGUAUGGUGGAGACCUGAAGGUGGACUGUGUGGCCUCUGGUCUCCCCAAUCCUGAGAUCAGCUGGGCGCUGCCAGAUGGUACCAUGGUCAACCCGGUGAAACAAAGAGAUGCUAGCGGGGGACGCACUCGCAGAUAUGUGGUGUUUGACAAUGGGACACUGUACUUCAACCACGUAGGCAUGCCAGAAGAAGGUGAUUACACCUGCUACGCCGAGAACCAACUUGGCAAAGACGAAAUGAAGGUUAGAGUCAAAGUUAAGGCUGCAACUUCCCCGCCAAAAAUCCAGGAUAAAGACCAAAAGAUCGUCAAGGUUUUCUAUGGGGAGACCGUGACUUUAAGAUGUCACGCCAAAGGGGAACCAAUGCCAGUCAUCACAUGGAUAUCCCCUACGAACAGAGUCAUCUCCCCUGCGUUAGACAAAUACCAGGUGCUGGAUGACGGGACAUUGGUGGUGCAAAAGGUGCAGCGCUUUGAUGGAGGUAACUACACCUGCAUGUCCAGGAAUAAAGCAGGACAAGACCAUAAAGUUGUCAGGCUUGAGGUCCUAGUAACAUCUCCAGUGAUCAAUGGGUUAAGAGGAACUGCCAAUGCCAUGAAGGUGACUGCAGUCCAGGAUCAGCAGAAGCUGUUGGACUGUGUAGCAAAGGGAACCCCCACCCCUCGCAUCAUGUGGGUUCUACCAGGAAAUGUGAUCCUUCCAGCUCCAUACUACAGCAACAGAAUGACAGUUCACCAAAACGGUACCUUGGAAAUCCGAUCAGCCAAAGGAACGGACUCGGGGCAGUUGGCAUGCAUCGCUCGUAAUGAGGGAGGGGAGGUCAAGCUGAUGGUGAGCUUGGACGUGAAGGACGUUGUUGAAAGGCCACAAAUUAGAGGUCCAAAAACAGAUAGCCUUUCGCUGACUGUUGGGAAUGCCAUGACUUUGAAUUGCUCCUUUGAGGGUUCGACAUUACCUCACGUGACUUGGAUCUUACCCAGUGGAACGCCUUUGCAAAGCGGAGCUCGGUUCUCUAAGUUUUUUCACAAGCCCGAUGGCUCUUUGGUCAUCAGCAACCCCUCUGUUGCUGAGAUUGGUAUGUACCGGUGUCUGGGGCGUAAUUCCCGAGGGCUUGUAGAGCGUACAAUCACACUGUCCCCGGGAAAAAAGCCAGAGAUCAACCACCGAUACAACUCUCCUGUCAGCGUCAUGAUUGGGGACGGACUUUUGCUUCACUGUCUAACAAGUGGCGAACCUCACAGACUAACAUGGACACUACCCAGUGGGGUUGUUCUAAACAGGCCGCAGAGAGCUGGACGAUAUACUGUCCUGCCAAAUGGGACACUUGCCAUCCAACAAGUAUCAGUCUAUGAUCGAGGGUCCUACGUUUGCCGAGCUGCAAAUGAGUAUGGCAGCUCUCAGCUUUCUGUAUCAGUAAUCGUAAUUGCAUACCCGCCUCGAAUUACCAACGGCCCUCCCUCUGUGACUUUUGCAAAACGUGGAGUUGCUGUUCAGUUGAACUGCGUAGCAACUGGGAUCCCCAGAGUGGAGGUAGCAUGGGAAACACCCGACAAAACCCGCUUGGCUGUCAGUGCACAGCCACGCCUUUUUGGAAACAAGUACCUCCAUCCACAAGGUUCCCUUAUCAUCCAGAAUCCUUCCCUGAGAGACGCUGGUGUCUAUCGAUGUACAGCUAGGAAUGCCAUUGGUGUAGACUCUAAAGCUACCAAUCUCAAUGUUUUCUGAAGAAUUUCACUGUUCAUCAUGGUCCAUUGCCAUGCCGUAUGCCCAAGCAACUGCCUACUUAAAAGCAGCUAAUGUUUUUAAAGAUUAAAAUGUUACAAAAACUGCUGUCACACUGAUGGAAUAAUGAGUUGAUUAAAACCUGCAGUACUUUGAGUGUGUGCUGUAUAGAUGCAAAAAGUUGAUGAUAUUUUGUGCACCAUAGUUUCCACUUUUUGUGUACAAUCCACUAGAAAUUAACAAGCAGCCCUCCCAUUUUGAGCAUUAAAACACUUGCUGAAGAAAUGCUCAUCGUGAAAAGCAGACUACAAUUGGUUUGAUAUAGUCAUGUUCCAGCUUGCUUCUGUCUUUGUGUUACAUAAUUUUAACAUUGUUGCUUGUAAAUGGUUGUAAUGUAGUCAUUUUUUUUGGAUAUGUGUCAGUUAAUUUUUGCAACUUUGGGAUAAUGAUACUUCCUUUGAGCUCUACAGCACAUUACCCUUUAUCAAUUUACAAGUAAUAAUUACACCAUAAUUAAUAACUGUAAAAUAAUUGGCACUUCAUCCCAUAAGGUAAUGCCACGAAUGAAUAGUUGUAGUAUUUUAUUACUGGGACAAAAACCAUGAUAAACUUAUAUAUAUAUUUCAAAUCACUCAGGGAGGUGGGGCAUACAAUAAACCAAGUGUCUAUUUUUCAAAAUAACAACCAAUCAGGUCACAACUACUGCUUUUCUGUGGCAUCACCUCAUGGAUGACAACUCUAUUAAAUGUACAUAGGUCACAAAGCGCAGGCCUAUUUAUUUACCAGUUAUUAUAUGAGAUGACAGUAAAUAUCAAUGCACAAAUUACUGUUACACUGGGUUCACACUGGAUGCAUUACGGCCACAAAGUACAUCAAUUUUCCACAGGGUGGCGGCCGUUUGCUUUCAGUGCUCAAGCUAUGCAGUCGGUAUAAAUGCUAUAUUAGAUAUGAUAUGACUAUUUGAUCAUGGUAAAUUAUAAAUCAUGUAUCAAGUGCUUCCACAAUGCUUGUUAGUUGUGGCUAAACAGAUAGAGAGCAAAAAGCGGACACAGACAGAUAGGCACACAAGCAAGCAGGGACAGAGCUCUCUGUGUGAUUAUGCAAGGAGCAAUUGCUGCUGACGGGCACAGAGAAAUCUCCUGGUGUGAACAGCCAGACGACGACAACAAUUAACAUACUGGGGCACUUACUUGCCCUGUGUGAACCCAACAUUAGGGGGUAGGCAUCCAGGUCGUAAUUUGAGAAUUCAAGCAAAUUUGCCCAAGUUUCAAACCUACAAAGAAGCCGAUACAGCUGUUUAAAGGGUGCAUCUCAGAAAGACCAAAGGGUAUCACAUGCCAAGGCGCGUAAGAAGGCAUCCGUAUUUAACAACCGAAUGAGAAGCAUUGAAACUAAAGACAAACAAAAUGACAUCACGCUCUGCCUCUAUAAGCUCCACUCAAGGUGUUUCACAUUAAAGUCAUUGAUCCUUUGGUUGAACCUCUCUUGAUCAGUAAGCAAAUUACUUUCUGUAGCAUUUUCAGCUGUAUAUGUACCCUUUCUUUAACAACACAGUACAGCUGCUUCUGACAGUGACAGAUAACGUCAAGCUGUAAAGAAAUGCAUAACUUCUCAUUUUCUAACUAGGAAAUAUUGUUUAACUUAAUUCCAGAAUUGAUUGAAAAUAUGUGUAAUGUUGCUCUGUUCUUUUUUAAAGGUAGAUUUAUUUUUUCUCCAAAUCUGAGACAUCAGUUUGUGCCUUUCAUAAAUGUCUUUUAAGUAUUUUCUGUGUGUUUCCAUAACUGGAUAUAUUUCAAUAAGUGAUUGUUUCCUGCUCUUAGCAGUGUGCAUCAUUUUGGAAUCCGCCUAUGAAAAGGCUGACGCAGGUUUUAUGUCCUCAUUUGUAAAUUAUUUUGUCUUUGACAGACUGUGAUGCAAUGCAAUUUCCCUUCAUUUUAAUAAAACAUUUUCACCUGUUUUUACUACA